GAAAUUGAAAAACAAAAUAAAGACCCCCUAACCCCUCUCAUUCACUCCAAUUACAAACUCCCAUAAUCUCUUCUUCUUUCGCAAAUUAAUUUCCUCAUCUUCAGUUCGCCACCAUGUCGGCGAAAUCGACCCGUUUCAAUCCGCCGGCAAUAGCAGUAACCAUAUUCUUGGUAAUCGCCACCUUUGCAUACCCCAUCAACGGCUUGAAAUCAAGGGAGCUUGAUGAGAGUGGUGAUCAAGGCGUCAAGUGUACCCCGUCAUGUACACAAACUCCUCCUCCACCACCUCCGCCAUGCCCUCCCCCACCAUCACCACCGGCGCUGUCUCCGCCACCUACACCGAAAAAGCCGCCAACCCAUUGCUGUCCACUUCCCCCUACUCCACCAUCUAUUAUAUACACAACUGGUCCACCAGGGAGCCUGUACCCUAUUGACCAGAACUUUGGUGGUGCGAGCCGGAAUUUCCAGGUGGGGUGUUUGGCUUUGCUUUCUGGAUUCAUGCUCCUUCUGGCUUUUUGAAUGGGGAUUAUAUUAAUAUAGAUUUAGAAUUGGGAGGGUUCCUAGGAUCUUGUUCAAGAAUUUGAUAUGGUAAGAGAAAAUAAUUUGUCGGAAUAGAAAGUUUAAGGAACUACUAGUUUCUUUACCUGCUCUUUCAUUUGAUAUUGUUCUGUAAUAACAAAUUUACCCACUUUUCAUUUUA